UGUCUUUGUCAAGUUGGUUGUCUCUGCAUCAACUUCAACAUAACCUCACUUGCUUGUUUCCUUGUUUGUGUUUUUAAACUUACUAAAGGCAAAAUAUUAAAACAUAAAUUAACAAACUUCUUAACAAAACUACAGAAUGGCAAACUUAAACAACUCCACUAAUUCUCAAGGAGAAGAGGUACCUGACCCCAAAAACCUCCUAAAGACCAGAGAAUACAUGUAUCGGCUUGUGAUAAGCCAAUUAUUUUAUGAUGGUCACCAGCAAUUAGGUCAAUCCCUAGCUCAAGCUGUACUGGCUGAACCAGCUUGUGCUCCCAGCGACAGACUAUUCAGGGUUGUUUUAGCUGGUCUCGAACAUGAACCGGAAAGGAAAGACAGACCUCAAAGUUUCAGUAUCGGGAAUAACAAUAUUGGUCCUGGAUUAGAUUUAGAGUUUGAGACAGAUUCUAACAGUCUAGCCCCUGAGCCAGCCCUGUAUGAAACUGCCUAUGUAACUUCUCACAAAGGUAACUGUAGGGCCGGCUGUUUUUCAGCUGAUGGGCAACUUAUCGCUACAGGGAGUGUGGAUGCUAGUAUUAAGAUAUUGGAUGUUGAUAGAAUGUUGGCCAAGUCGGCUCCUGAUGAACUCGAUCCAUCUAGGGCAGUGGAGCAACAAGGACACCCUGUCAUAAGGACCCUAUAUGAUCACAUGGAAGAAGUAACGUGCCUAGAAUUUCAUCCUAAAGAACCUGUGCUUUGUUCAGGCUCCAAAGAUCACACCAUUAAACUCUUUGACAUAUCAAAGGCCAGCGUAAAAAAGGCAUUUAAGACCAUAACUGAAUCUGAACCAGUAAAGUGGUUUUCAUUCCACCCAUCUGGUGAUCACCUAAUUGUAGCCACAAAUCAUCCGGUAAUCAGAAUGUAUGACAUGAACACCCUACAAUGCUACGUUUGUCCUUUUCCAAAUCAACAGCAUACACAAAUGGUCACUUACCUGAAAUGGUCUAGCGAUGCCAAACUAUUUGCUAGCUGUAGCAAAGAUGGCUCUAUUAAGUUAUGGGAUGGUGUUUCUAAUAGAUGCAUCAAUACGUUCGCAAAAGCGCACGACGGAUUUGAGGUUUGCUCGGUGGCUUUUUCCAAAAAUGGAAAAUACCUUCUCUCCGCUGGCAAGAAUUCAAUUUGUAAACUAUGGGAGUUGUCCACCAGCCGAUGCUUAAUUGCUUAUACUGGGGCAGGUACCACUGGUAAACAAGAAUACGAAGCACAAGCAGUGUUUAACCACACGGAAGACUACGUGCUUUUCCCGGACGAAGCGACCACGUCCCUUUGCGCCUGGAAUUCCAGAAACGCCUCAAGAAGACAGCUGAUGUCUUUGGGGCACAACGGGGCUGUGAGACUGAUCGCCCAUUCGCCCACUCAAGCGUCGUUUUUGACGUGUUCUGAUGAUUUUAGGGCGAGGUUUUGGUAUAGAAGAACGCCCACUUUAUAGAUUUAGGGGGUAUCUUAAGAAUAACUGUUUAAUACGUUAUUUAUGUGAGAAAUAAAGAUGUGCUUUUGUAAGAAAAA